AUGGCCAUCGAAGAAACCGCUACGGAGGUGAUUCUCACUCAUCCAGAAAACAGCAGCACCUUUGUCAAGAUUUUGAAAUACGGUGCCACGGUGAUUUCGUGGAAUUUGAAGGGAAAGGAACAGCUAUGGUUAUCCAGUGCUGCUAAAAUGGACGGUUCGAAGCCCGUACGUGGUGGUAUCCCGCUUGUUUUCCCGGUUUUUGGUAAAAACCAGGACGACGAAUUUUUGAGCAAAUUGCCCCAGCACGGUUUGGCCAGAAACUCGACAUGGGAAUUUUUGGGCCAAGUGAGUGCAAAUCCUCCUACCGUGCAAUUUGGGCUGGGUCCCGAGUUUGCCAACCCGGAAUUGACUAAAUUGUGGCCAUUGGACUAUUCGUUGGUGCUGACCGUGGAGCUGGGCUCAGAGCACUUGAAAACACACAUUGAGGUCAGUAACACUUCGAGCGAACAAUUGCUGAAAUUCAACUGGCUGUUCCACACCUACCUAAGGAUUGACGAUGUGGAGGACACCAUGGUGUCGAAUUUGAGCGGAACCACACUUUAUGAUCAAAUGCUUCAAGACUCGUACUUGGACAGACAGCCCGUGGUGUCGUUCCACGAGGAACUCGACCGCAUCUACAAACAGGUGGAUAGCGACCGUUUGGUGCAGGUCAUCGACAAGGGUAAGCCCGUGCACACUAUUCGCAGGCACAACUUGCCCGAUGCGGUGGUGUGGAACCCAUGGAUUGAAAAAUCCAAGGGCAUGGCCGAUUUCGAGCCUAAAACCGGUUACAAAGAGAUGGUUUGCGUCGAACCGGGUCAUGUCCACGAUUUCGUACAAUUGCAGCCUGGCCAGACCUGGGAGGCGUACCAGCUUUUGUACAAGGACGAAUUGAAGUACCAAGUAAUUUGA